AAACACCAACAGCUCUGCCGCAGUACUGAAUAAUGAAUCUGUACGAUUAACAUGCACUGUCUGCAAUAUGCAAAUCAUCUACAGGGUUUAUGUGAUAUAGAAUGUGUCCUGAAAGACAAUGUUUGUGUUUGUUGCCUGUUUGAAAGCGUUUGUGUAGAGGAGGAGUCAGCGUGUGCCUGGUAGCUCCUUCCUCUGACCUUGGCUACAGAGAGAUGGAGAGAGAAAGAGGACAGAGUGUGUGUGUGUGUGUGUGUGUGAAGCGGUUGAGCUAAUUCGUGCACUGCAGCUGUGUAUAUGAUACCAGAGUUAAUGUGGCACCAACAGCUCUAGAUCCUCUUGGGAACUUGCCAGAGAAAAACAGAGCGAGAGACGAGGAAGGAAAGCAUGUCUGCAGCAUGUGCACACUGCAGAGAAGCAGCACGAUGUCCUGUGUCUGGUGCCUUCUGGAGGUGAGCUGACUCCUGUGUGGGUCAUCGUGGUCGUUUGAGGAGCAGAUAUGUGGGACGGGCAGUCUAAAACGUGUCAUGUGCACGCCCUGUUCGAUGCCUUUGUUCAAGCCGCCACAUGCAAGGAGACCUUCAGGGCCUUCCAGGAGCUGUGUGAAGAGCUGAAGCUGCAUCCCAGCGGUCAGCCGCAGUUCUACCACACCCUGAGGAGCAGACUGCACUACUGGAAGGCCAAAGCACUAUGGGCCAAACUGGAUAAAAGAGCCAGCCAGAGAGAAUACAUGAGAGGCCAUGCUUGCACCAGCACCACGUGUCUAAUCAUAGGUGCAGGUCCGUGUGGAUUGCGGACCGCUAUAGAGCUGCGAUUUCUUGGCGCCAGGGUGAUUCUGGUGGAAAAGCGAGAUGCUUUCUCACGGAACAAUGUUCUUCACCUUUGGCCGUUCACCAUCCAGGACCUCCGUGGUUUGGGGGCCAAAAAGUUCUACGGGAAGUUCUGUGCUGGAGCCAUAGACCAUAUCAGUAUUCGUCAGUUGCAGCUGAUGCUUCUGAAGGUGGCCUUGUUACUGGGCGUUGAGAUUCAUGUGAAUGUGGAGUUCAAACAUCUAGUGGAACCUCCAGAGGACCAAGAGAAACGUGUUGGUUGGCGAGCAGAAGUCCACCCCAACUCUCAUCCAGUCAGUCAGCUGGAGUUUGAUGUGGUUAUUGGGGCAGAUGGUAGAAGAAACACCUUACCAGGGUUUCGCAGAAAGGAGUUUCGGGGGAAACUGGCCAUUGCCAUCACGGCGAAUUUCAUCAAUCGCAACACCACCGCCGAGGCUAAAGUGGAGGAGAUCAGUGGUGUUGCCUUCAUCUUCAACCAGAGGUUUUUCCAGGACCUCCGGCAGGCUACCGGAAUUGAUCUAGAGAAUAUAGUAUAUUACAAAGAUGACACUCAUUACUUUGUAAUGACUGCCAAAAAACAAAGUCUUCUGGAGAAAGGAGUCAUUCUGCGCGAUUAUGCUGACACUGAGAUGCUACUGUCCAGGAAUAACGUGGACCAGAAUGCACUGCUUUUAUACGCCCGUGAAGCAGCUGAUUUCUCCACCAACCAUCAGCUCCCUAUGCUGAACUUUGCCAUCAACCACUAUGGGCAGCCAGAUGUGGCUAUGUUUGACUUUACCUGCAUGUACGCCUCUGAGAACGCAGCAAUGGUCCGUCAGCGCGGGGGACACCCUCUGCUGGUCGCUCUGGUGGGGGAUAGUUUACUAGAGCCGUUCUGGCCAAUGGGAACAGGAAUUGCUCGGGGCUUCCUGGCAGCCAUGGACACGGCCUGGAUGGUUCGCAGCUGGGGUCAGGGCAACACCCCAUCACAGGUUCUGGCUGAGAGAGAGAGUGUAUAUCGGCUGCUUCCUCAGACAACACCAGAAAACGUCAGUAAAAACCACAGCCAGUACAGCAUGGAUCCUGCUAGCCGCUAUCCCAACAUCAAUAUGCAACUCAUCAGCGCUGCUCAGGUGUGUCAUCUCAUAGACACAGGUGAGGGUCCAGUUUUGAGCCUUGAUGCUGUCAGCUCUCCACACCCACGACUUACACGCCAAGAGUCAGUGGCUCGUUACAGUAAGCUGCUGAGCUGGUGUCAAGAGCAAACACACGGCUACAUGAACAUGUGUGUGACGGAUUUCACAACUUCCUGGAGGAGCGGCCUGGCCCUGUGCGCUCUCAUUCACAGAUUCAGACCUGACCUCAUUGAUUUUGCGUCUCUGGAGGAGUGUGAGGCGGAGCUCAAUGGUCAGUUGGGUUUGGACAUGGCGGAGCAGGAAUUUGGUAUUUGUCCUAUAAUGACCGGAAAGGAGAUGAGCACACUGGAAGAGAGUGACUCUCUUAGCAUGGUCAUGUACCUCAGUCAACUUUAUGAGCUCCUCAAAGACACAGCGCCAGCUGGUGGAAACCUGAGCUCAGAAGAGAAAGCUAAAUCAAAACACCAAAAAUGUGUAAGUGGAACCAUAGGGUCAUAUAGAUCACAUGAUUCGAACACUUCAAGUUUAAAAAAAGAGGCGGCAUUCAGACAGACUUUAAGCAAUGGUAUAAAUAAGACAUUUACUCCCUACAUCAGCUACUUUUUUAUUUUCCCGCUCCCUCACGUCUUAUCCUUUCUUUCGGUUUGUACAGGAAAGUUUUACUGUAAGCACCACUUCAGCUUCAGAAUGGCUCAGAGAAAGGUAAAGGUACAGAAAGGUACUCAGGUAACCUCAUCAUUCAUCAAUAUCACCAUUAUACUUCUUUCAGAUCCUCUAUCAGAGUCGUUUGAAGGAUACAGUGAUGACACAGAUAUAGACACCAGCUCCGUAAGAGAGUCCAAACCAUGUGACCAACAGGAACAAGAAGAGUCCAUUUCAUUGCACCAGUCACCUGCAGAGUCCUCACCCUCUUUGAAACUACCAGAAUCAGGCCCCACUCCCACACCUGAGCUAUCAACGAACCCCGAGAACCCACCUGUCAAGAGGUUAGAGGUUGUAGAGGAGUUCUGGCUGAAGAGUGCCGAGAUCAGGAAGAGUUUAGGCCUGACUCCGCUGCCUAGAGAAUGCGACCCCAAACAUACAGCAGCCCAAACAUCUAACGUUAAAGAAAGCUUUUACACCUCAGUCGCUUACAUACCGUCCUGCAAUACCAAUUCUGUCUACCAAAUGCCAAGAAACUGUGACUCCAGCACACAAACUCAAUCUCAAAGUACAUCCCCGCCUGAACCAUCUCACACUAUGGACGGCGAUGCAGGCGUUGCUUUAGAAGAGACGACUGGCCGCUGUUCUGUAAUCCACAGACUAAGCAUCACUGUAGAAGGUUGUGUGAUGGGGGACAAGCAAGAUUUGGACCUAAAUUCCACCUCAUUUGGAAAUGAAAGUGUUUUAAAUCCAGACACAGGUCUUCCGACUCCUCCCUACAGCCCAUCUCACUCCCCUCUCGUCGGUAAGCAGUGUCGCGCCCUUCAUCAUUCUGAACCGAUACUGGACCGAGAGGUUAUGGUCUUCUCAUCGACCUGCGCUACUCCUGUUCCACAGCGGGACAGUUUUAAUCCCGACCUCGAUCAAGCUCAGAGUCUUCCUCCGGAUGAAAUUGAGAUCCUGUGUGGAGAUGAGGCAGAAGAAGCUUCCAGACUUCCGGAAAGAUCCGGUGUCUCAGAAACCGGGGACACGGCCAGCCAGAAGGACACCCGUGUCCUUCCUCAUGAUAUAGACUUCUGGGGAGACUCUAGUACAUCUAACCUUUUGGACAUACAUCUGGGUGGAAUGGGAAAGAAAGAUGAUCCUAGCUUAAUGCAUCAGUGGUUUAAACUGGUGCAAGAGAAGAAUGCUCUCGUGCGCUAUGAAUCUGAGCUCAUGAUAUUUGCACGUGAACUGGAGCUGGAGGACAGACAGAGCCGAUUGCAGCAAGAGCUGAGAGAGCGCAUGGCGGUGGACGACGAUCUGAAGGGGGAGGAUGAGCUGGCGGAGGAGAGGCAUAUAUUGAGCGAGAUGCUGGAUGUGGUGGAGCAGAGGGAUGCGCUGGUGGCCUUGCUGGAGGAGCAGCGAGUGAGGGAAAAAGAGGAGGACAGUGACCUGGAGGCCGUCAUGCUUUCUAAGGGUUUCAGUCUGCACUGGGACUGAUUCGCACAUGCAUGAAUCUCAUCAUACCGCUUGAAGGGCUACUCUGUGUCUGUUUGUGCAACAAAAAUACGCAGCUGCUGUUUUCAUUGGUCCAAACAGGCCCGUCCACCUGCACUCUGGGCCGUAUGUGCAACUGCAUAGGUGUCUAAAUAAUGAAUCCCAGGACACAGCAAGAGAUUGACCCAGAGGAAGUGAUUCCUCUGAGGUGCAAAAUACAGGUCCUGAUUAGGACAAAUGGCAAUGUCUUGCUGCCAAAUACUACUACUCUAGACUGCUACGCUACUAUGCAACGGAACAUCUUUUUGUUUGCUCUCUUUGUUGAUAAAGUUAAGGUACAUCUGUAGAUUUACCCAGAUCCACCAUGUUUUGACUUAACAGAAAUGAUUAUGGAAUGGCAUAUAUAACCACAUUGUCAACAUACAGUACAGACUGACGCAUGUAAACUUACACAAAAUAAGACCUGUGUUUAUGAAUGACUGAGAUGUUUUUCUUUUUUUGGACAACCUUUAUAAGCUAACCUCA